CUUCCGGCAAGUGUUGUUGUUUUGAAACUCUCCGACAGUGUCGUCGAUUGCAUCCUCUCUCCCUCCAAAUUUCACUUCCUAAUUCACAUUCUUGCUGCCACAGAGAGAAUAGGGUUAGGGUUUGUUUUUGACGAAAUUUCUCUCGAGAUGGCUAGAGCGAGGAGCCGGAGCAGAAGCUAUAGUCCCCGUCCUCGUCACAGGUCACCACCGCGGGACCGUAAAACCACCUACGACGAUAAUCGCCACCGUGAACGCCUGUCAUCUCGCGACCACGAAUCUUCUGAUCCUUCUGGUUUGCUCAUCCAUAAUCUCCCUCUCGAUGCUAGACCGAACGAUCUUAGGGAUUCGUUUGAGCGGUUUGGUCCGCUCAAGGACAUAUACCUGCCGAGGAAUUAUUAUACUGGGGAGCCGAGAGGGUUUGGAUUUGUUAAGUACCGUUAUGCUGAAGAUGCUGCUGAGGCGAUGAAGCGAAUGAAUCACAAAGUUAUUGGUGGGCGUGAGAUAACCAUUGUUUUUGCUGAGGAGAACCGUAAAACUCCACAAGAAAUGCGUACAACUAUCCAUUCGAGUGGUCGACAUGGGGACUACAAGAGGACUUCACACAGAUCACCAAGGCACAGAUAUCGUUCUCAUUCACGUUCGCGUUCUCCUCCAAGGCUAGAUUCAAGACACAGUAAAGCAAGAGAGGAUGAUUUGUACUCUCCUCCAAGGUCAAGAUCUAUUUCUCGUUCUCCUUUGCCCCGCAAGGAGAGGAAAGACAAGUCUUAUAAUGUGUCCCAAAGCCCAAGGAGAAACCGUAGAAGUCGUGAAGAGGUGCUUACUCCAAUAAGGUCUCGUAGUCUGUCAAGGUCCCGUUCUCGAUCCUUGAGUCGUUGAUAAACAAGAACAAGUGUAUUUCUAUGAUGGUCUUCUGGCUUUGAAGAAGACAGCUUUCUUAGUGAAACACUAGAAUCCUAAGUUUGAUGGGUUUGACUACCUUUUUGCUCUUUUGUUUGUUUGUUUGUUUCGUUCUUAUAUAACACAGCUCAAUUUCAUUUGUAAAGAAGUCUUCAAUAUUCUCGAAAAGGCCUAUUUAACUAAAGUCUAUACUGUUUGACAAAAAGAAAAAACUAAAGUCUAGACUUUGCCUUUCUCUGUGUAAGUUCAUCAGUAGGCGUCUUA